AUGCCCUGCGCCCGCAGCCUCCUCGGCCUGCUGGCGGCCCUGGCGGCCUGCGGCGCCGCCGCCUUCCUGGGCUACUGCGUGUACUUCGACUGGAGGCGGCGCGGCGACCCCGCCUUCAAGCGCCGCCUGCGGGACAAAAGAAGAGCUCAGCCCUCGAAGGCGGCCGCACCUGGCGCCCAGCUGUGGGAUCCAGCAAGGAAUGAAAAGUUGCAGGAACUUUUUCUGCAAGAAGUACGAAUGGGAGAGCUUUGUCUAUCUAGAGGAGAGCACAGUAUGGGGGCUGAACAUCUCAGCAAAGCCAUUUCCAUGUCUGGGCAACCACGGGAACUUCUGAAGGCUUUUAAACACACACUCCCUCCCAAGGUAUUUGAGAUGCUGUUACACAAAAUUCCCCUUAUUUGCCAGCAAUUUGAGGCAGACAUGAACGAACAGGAAUGCUUGGAAGAUGACACUGAUUGA